ACGAACCGGAGCAUCAGCUAUGAGGAUAACGGGGAUGAGCCCGCACGGGGGAAACAGGAGCUUGUUCCACCCCCAAUAGGUUCGUGCCUAUCUUCCCUGGUGGGUGCCCAUACGUCACGACUGUUGGGGCGACGUACCAAAUUCCUGAAACAACAGUUCGCUUCUCAGGAGGGGGAUUCAGUGAUUACUUCCCCCGUCCAUGGUACCAACACCGUGCAGUGCCAAGAUACCUUAAAACACUCGGAAGCGCGUAUGAAAGAUUGUUCAACAAGAAUGGAAGAGCCUAUCCUGAUGUUGCAGCUCAGGGCUAUCGGUAUUUCAUCGUGUAUCAAGCGAAAGUCAUAUGUGUCUCGGGUACGAGCGCUUCGACACCUACUUUCGCUGCGAUAAUUGCCCUCUUAAACGAUGCUCUACUCUCCAAAGGUCGCAGACCCCUCGGAUUUCUCAACCCAUGGAUUUACUCUCUCAAACCGGGAGUCCUGAACGACAUCACUACGGGUAGCAACCCAGGUUGUGGAACGAUAGGGUUCAAUGCGACGAGAGGUUGGGACCCUGCAACUGGAUUUGGAACGCCUGAUUUGCUGAGACUUCUUAAGGCACUUAAACUUUGAUCAUUGGGUGUUUUUCUCAAAGUUGUGUUAUCCUUGAGGCUGAGUCCCGCUCUGUUUUGCUGGACUUGAAAUGUAAACUCACUUUCCAGUAUUGGUACUAUUAUUGGUCGCUGCAGCGCACUAUUGGAUGGCGAGGGAAGCAGAAGCAAAGCAGCUG